CCGUACAUAGAGAAGGGAUAUAUCUCACUUGAGCUUCAGAACUGCUACUUCACCUUGAAGAAGACAGCUGAGGAUGAGAAGAUUGCGCUGGACAAACAGAUUGACUUGCUGUCUAUUUUGCAGAAGGAGAUGCCUUCGUAUGCUUGCUGUUUUCGCAUAUUUUUUGUAACAAAAAAGUUCCAAAUUUCUCUCGUGACUCAUUUUCCCAUCAGUUCCAGCACCAUUCAGACCGGAAAUAUGGUGAAUGUCCAAGUUGCUUUCUCUGCAGCAAUGGUGCCAGAAAACAAGUACAAAAUGCUUCUCAAGUUGUGCUCUGUCUAUGUUAUAGAUCGCUCAGUAGAGAAGGUGGGUAAUGAGGCUCUCUAUUCUGUUGUGUGUCUGAGUAUCCUCAGGAUAUGA